GUGGAACUGUUCUACAGAUUUUCUACGUCGAUGUGUCCAGCACAAUUUUCAUUUAGAUGAGAUGUGCAUUAAUCGCGCUAGUGAAAUACGUCUUGCGUGUAUUGCGCUUGCGUAGUGGACACGGGUCUCGCAGGGUUGGGUGCAGAGAUACUUCCACAGAAGGAAGCGGAGUUUCCGGCUGUUUGCUGCGGAGAGGGAGGACUGCUGACACCGCGAAACCCCUACGAAAAGACGCCGGUUUGGGGGGAAAACACUUGGACACCCGGAGAAAUACGUCUGUCCCACACUGGGGGAGGACUGACUGUCCGGACCAAGUGUUCUGGAGAGUGAGAGGGGACGAGCAGCGGCGUAAAAGGCGGGGGAAACCCACUAACUACCGGCAUGGCUAGGGACUACGAUUACCUCUUUAAGCUGCUCAUCAUCGGUGACAGCGGGGUGGGAAAGAGCAGUCUCCUACUACGAUUCGCAGACAACACGUUUUCAGGUAGCUACAUCACCACCAUCGGGGUGGACUUCAAGAUCCGGACGGUGGAGAUCAACGGCGAGAAGGUGAAGCUGCAGAUCUGGGACACGGCGGGACAGGAGCGCUUCCGCACCAUCACGUCGACGUACUACAGGGGAACCCACGGCGUAAUCGUGGUUUAUGACGUGACCAGCGCCGAAUCAUUCGUCAACGUUAAACGGUGGCUCCACGAGAUCAAUCAGAACUGUGACGACGUCUGUCGAAUAUUAGUGGGGAACAAAAACGACGACCCCAGCUCGAAAGUGGUGGAGACCAACGACGCGCAGAAGUUCGCCGAGCAGAUGGGGAUCAGCCUCUUUGAGACCAGUGCGAAAGAAAAUCUGAACGUGGAGGAGAUGUUUAACUGCAUCACAGAACUGGUGCUGAGAGCUAAGAAAGAGGUCAUGGCCAAGCAGCAGCAGCAGCAACAGAACGACGUGGUCAAGCUUUCCAAGGGCACUAAACGGAAGAAAAAAUGCUGCUAACGAAACUGUCGAGUGAAGAUUUAAAAACAAAACAAAACACCGCCACAUACACAAACAAAAAGCAUCUACAACAAACGAAACCACACGGGGAAUAAGACUCCAGCAAACUAAUUUAAGAGAAGAUGAAGAUUUAUUAAUGAAAUUAUGUCAAAUAAAAAGAUAUAAAUAAAAGGUCCCUUUUGGACAAAAUGAAUCCUAAGGACUUAAAAAAAAAAAAAAAAAUGUACAGAUUUUAUUAGAGGGAGUUUUAUUUGGAAUUGAGCGGUUAUGUGACGGUAUUUAACGGGGUCCUUCUGGGUUGAGAAGGAGCAGGAAGCUCACUGCCACCGCAGUGCUCAGAUUUAUAUAUGAAAUAUUAAUAUUUCUCUGCAUCAGUAUAUAUAUUUUCUCCUUCCGCAUCACACGGGACUUUUAGGAAUCAAGUGAAACUGCACCUGGAAAGGAGAAGAGUUGUUUUGUUUUUAAUUUGUUUUUUUGUUUGUUUUUUUUUUUGUUUUUUUCGGUAAAGGGGAUGUUAGAAUUACUGGGGUGGGAUUUUUUCUCUUUUAGGAGGGGGAUUUCCGUCUUUUUUCCAUUUUCAAACUUGCCUGCAGUUUCUAUUGUUUUAGUUCAAUGCCAACGAAUCAUGAACUUUAAAAAAGAAAAAGAAAAAAAGAAUUUAUCGGGAAAAAUGACCAGAGCAAUGUUUUAAAUUUGAAAAUUUGUCAUUUGAUCUGUUAGAAAAAACCUGUGACCUGCAUCUUGUUUUUUUAUUUUAUUUUAUUAUUUCUCUUCUCUAUUUUGCCAAGCCUCUUCGACUCCCCCUCUACCUCCAGCAAAAAGACACCACGGCACUAUUAGGUUUUUCAGCACCCGGCCUGUGUUUUUAAGUAAAGGCAAAGAGCAGCCAGCCGCUAACUUGGACCUGACAGUACAUUUGCCAUUCUCUUCAGUCUUACUAUGAGCCUUUUCGUCAGAUUUUUUUUUAUGUUUUAUUUUUUACUAAUGAUAAUACCACCGUGA